AUCCAUCAAAUGUGCUCACUUAAUGUGAUAAAAUAAAAGAAUCCCAUUUUUUUCAUAUAAGGAACCAGAGAAAUAUAUAGAAAAUUUGUUUGUAUAAUAACAAGUAAAUUUUCCAUUUUUUGGUAAAAAACAAAAUCUUCCAUUUUUAUUAAUAUUUGUUUUGUAUAGUAGGACCAUUCUCGGCGCCGAGACAGCACAGCAGUUCCAUGCCAUAAGCUAAGGCUAAAGGAGACAACUUAUUGAACAAGCAAGAGAAGAGUCAACAAAAUGUGCUGCUAUAGUGCUAUAUAUAUCUGUAAGUAAUCACUUAUCCUAAACAAUUUGUAUCCACAGCAACAAAGAAAAUGGAUUACUACAUAAAGCAUUCAUUCCUCUUGAUUUCCACUCUCAUGAUUCUCAGACUCCAAUUCUCUUCUGCCAUUAAAGGUGGCUAUUGGUAUUCUGAUAGUGGCCUUGCAGCUUCUGAUAUUAAUCCCUCUUAUUUCACUCACUUGUUCAGUGCAUUUGCUGACCUUGAUACUACUACCUAUCAAGUCACCAUUUCUCCUGCAAACGCAGCUAGAUUCUCGACUUUCACUCAAACCGUCCAAGCAAAGAGUAGUUCAGUGAAAACCCUUUUAUCAAUUGGUGGUGGAGGUGGUUCUACUUUGGCACAAAAAUUUGCCAAUAUGGCUAGUCAAGCCAGUCGCCGAAAAUCAUUCAUAGAUUCUUCAAUCCGACUAGCCAGAAAUAACAACUUUCAUGGCCUUGAUCUUGACUGGGAGUAUCCAUCCUCAGACACAGACAAGACCAACUUUGGUUCACUCAUCAAGGAGUGGAGAGCUGCCGUGGCCGCAGAGUCUAGAAGUUCUGGCAAGCCAGCACUUCUGCUAUCUGCUGCAGUCGGUGGCUCAGAUCAGAUCACUCCAUUGAAGUACUACCCGGGUCCGGAUAUUGCAAACAACUUGGAUUGGAUCAAUGUAAUGACUUAUGACCUUUUCACCUCAGAUGGUUAUCCAACCGUAACACAAGCACCCGCUCCUUUGAAAAAUCCAACAGGCCAAUUCAGUGCAGAUGAAGGUAUCACUAAAUGGAUUGGGUUAGGAGUGCCAAAAAGCAAGAUAGCAUUGGGUUUACCUUUCUAUGGUUUCAAGUGGGCUUUGUCAGAUCCUAAUAACCAUCGAAUUUUCUCUAAAGCUACACAGGGACUUGGGGCAGUGAAGUAUAAGGAUAUAAAAAACGCCGGGGCGCAGAUUGUUUACAAUUCCACAUAUACUACUACUUACGCCUUCAAAGGGACAGAUUGGUAUGGAUAUGAUGACACUCAGAGUACAGCUAACAAGGUUUCUUAUGCCAAGCAAAAUGGAUUGUUUGGAUAUUUUGCUUGGCAUAUUGAACAAGAUAGCAACUGGGCACUUUCUGAUGCUGCUUCUCGAUCAUGGGGGGCCUAGUAAUGGAUUGUAGACAGAGAUGCUGCAAACUGAAGAGGGAACAAAGGUUUUGAGUUAUCUACAUUAUAGUAAAGUUAUGACCUUUCUAGUUUCCAUUCUCUCAUGUAAUAAUAAAAAAUAAGAAUAAGAUAUUGAAGGAUCUAUAGUUAUAAAAGAAAGAACUCAUACUUAGCUUCUCUUAAUCUAAUAAAUAAGGAGACUUUUAUUGCAA